AUGGCAGUCAAAAAGCGUAAACGCCCAGCUCUACUUUCUCACACCCGCCCCCGACUCCCCACAGCAAAACAACUCACUCCCUCCGCUCCAACAGUCUCUCUAUCAUCCAAAGCAACUAGAAACCUCAUCAGAUCUCACCACCAACUACUCAAAGCACGUGAAAGAGCAGUUCUUGCCGGUGAUGAAUCUGCAGUUGCUGAGCUAGAUGUUCAGAUUGAAGCCAAUGGCGGCCUGGAAAGUUAUCAACUAGCCAGUAAAACGGGCCAGUCGCGUGAACGAGGGGGUGAUUCGAGUACUGUCUUUCUAGAAUGGAUUCGUCCGUUGUUGAGACGGGCCAAGGAGGCUCGACAGCAGGGUGGCAAUUCAUCUCCUGGAAAAUUGAGGUUGCUGGAAGUCGGUGCCCUUAGUACUAAGAAUGCCUGUUCUCAACAUGAUUGUAUCGAUGUAACCAGAAUCGACCUCAAUUCCCAGGAACCGGGCAUCUUACAGCAAGAUUUUAUGGAAAGACCACUUCCGGGUGCUGGGGGCGAUGACAAAGAUCGGUUUCAUGCCAUCAGUCUAUCUCUCGUUCUCAACUACGUCCCUUCUGCUGCUCAGAGAGGAGAAAUGUUGAAACGUUGUUCGGCUUUUUUUGCUACCUCUCCUCCGUGCUCGUUACCUGACACAGACAGCACAAAAUUUGCCCCUUUUCUAUUUCUGGUGCUCCCGGCUGCAUGUGUCUUGAACUCACGAUAUUUCAAUUCAGAACGGCUUAACGAUAUAGCUACGAGUCUGGGAUAUAGCAAACUGAAAGAAAAAGUCACCAACAAACUCAUAUAUCAAUUAUGGGAGUUUCGUCCACUCCUACUCGAUAAUAGCAACAAAAACAACUCAGCAAGGAUAUUUCGAAAAGAGGAACUAAAUCCCGGCAAGACGAGAAACAACUUCACUAUUACCCUCAAUGCAAAACCGGGAAUCAUGAAUGGGUUGAAAAGAACGCUGCAAAAAUGA